CUGCAGUUCUCUAAAUUCUGUAGAGGACUAGAAGGAAUGCUACGCCACACGCUUGCACUUUUUACCGAGAGCAAUCCAAAAACUCUACUUUGUGGAUUGAAUGUUUCCACCUUUCAACUUCAUCACCCUUCUAAUUUAUAGUGAAAUUCUGAAAUGAUUCCUCACACCAGCGAGCUUUUGCUCCUAAUCCAACACAAAUUUGCAGCAUUCGGCUACACUCAUGGCCUCUGUGUUGGGCUUAAAAUGCAGCAGCAUGAGUUUUGCUCCUAUAAACUCUGCUGUAGUUGUUGAUUCAUCUUAUGGCUGUGUUCACUCCACGAGUUUUCCAAGGAAAACUGAAUUGAAAACAAGUUUUGGUGGUUUUUGCAUUCUGAGUGCUUCUAUCAAGAAGCACGGAAACCAUGAUCUUCAUAAGUCAAUCUGGACUCUGAGAGCAGCAUCCGAGGAAGGUGGUGUGGUUAAAACAGAACAGUCUGAUGAACCCAUUUCUCUGGGUACAAUGAAGCUCCCUCCCAAUGUGGAUUUGAAAAAGAUGGAGACACUGCUCUUCCAGUGGGGAAACAGUCUUACUCAAGGUGCGACUUUGCCACUGCCUUCUCCACUUAAGGUUGAGAAGGUGAAAGGAGGAGUCAGACUUGGAUUUAUCAGAGUAAAUGAAGGAAAGGUAGAAGAUCUUGUGCAUAUCGACUGUUUGAUUUUCCCUGCAACAGAAGGUUCCCCUGCCAUGUUUCGUGCUCUACGAGAUGGUAAGUUGAAAAAUGAAACACCACCUGGUGAAUCAUCUAUUAUGCAGAGGCUAUUGCCAGCUCUAAAGAAGUCAAUUAAUCUGGCAAGUUCUUGAGAGAGCAGUAACAUGGAUGGUGCUGAUAAUCAUCUUAUUCUUAUUUCAUACCUAAAGGGGAUGAAUUUUUGUUUUCCUAACUGUUGCUGUAGGGCCUUAAUUUGAUCUAACUCACGGAGAAACAUCAUUCUAUCCAUGAGAAAAAAUAUUUGAGCAACCUGAUCCUCUAAAUGGUAAUGCUAAAUAUGGACCGCAUGAUGGUUAGAUGAAUUAGUAGAAACACCUAAACGUGUUAUGAAAUGAUCAAUAGGAACAUAAUUUCUAAGAGUUUUUCAAUGUAAUACCUUGUCAACAUUGUUCAAAUAUAUUUAAUUUCUAUUGAUGUAUAGUAAAUAUUGUUAAUCUA